AUGGGGGAUGUUGAGGAGCAGACCAACAUCCCAGAGUCCCAGAGUCCCAGAGCCCCCCGAGACCACGCUGAGCCCACCCAGGAGCGAUGGAGGCCCAGACUCAGUGGUCUCCUCCACCCAGGCAGCCCCAGCCCUCAGCUCCUGCUGCAGCAGAUUCCCCUCGCCGAGACGGGGCCCUCGUCCGGGGGCCGUCAUCCCAGUCUGGUGGCCUCCUCACCAGGCAGACCGCCCCCCCCUCGCCUCACAGAGCAGCAGCUGGGCUUCCUGGGGCUCCCCAACCUGGCACAGAGCUGCUAUUUAAACUCCACCCUGCAGAGUCUCCUGACCGUGAGGGUCUUCAGUCAGGAGAUGGAGCAGAUGAAGUGGGCUUGGAGCUUAGCCCCCUCUGCACAGCUGCUCAGGGAGUUUGUGGCCAUCGGGACAUCACGUUGCUCCGACAACAAUGGCCACAAGAUGGCAGUGCUGAGUUCGUUUAAGAAGAGGGUUUCGCUGCAGUCCCCAGAGUUCCAGGACGGUGGACAAAAAGACGCCCAUGAGUUCCUGACCGCUGUGCUGGACCAGUUGAGGGGUCUGUCCCUCCUGCUAAAGCCAGCCGCUCUGGGCAUGGUGGGAAGGACCUACUCCUGCCCCGUGGAGGCUCACCUGCUCUUCAACAUGUUGAGAACCAGGACCUGCAAGGGAUGUGAGGGCCAGUCCUCGUCCAUGGAGGUCUUCACCAACCUGUCCCUGGACCUGGAGCCUGGAGGCUCGGUGAGCCAGGCCCUGGACAGAUACCUCACGGAGAGCUCUCUGAAGUACGCCUGCCAGUGCGGAGGAAAUACAUCUGGCACCCAGACCUGCUUCCUGACCCUACCUAACGUUCUGGUCCUCCACCUGAAAUGCUUCCGCUUCACCCUCACUGGGAGGAUAGAGAAGGUGGAGGAUGAAGUCCUCCUGUCCAGAAACCUGGGACUCAGCAUUGGGACAGGAGAAGUACACACUGGUGAGUGUACUGAGCCACAUCGGUGCCCGGGCUACAUCAGGACAUUACAUCAGUGAGGGGGCCUAUCCAGAAGAGGGCAACAACCUGGCUGACCAAUGGCUGCGCUACAAUGACCUGAAGGUGUCACGGACCACCGGCAGGGCCGUCUGUCGCCGGCGGCAACGCACAGCCUACCUGCUGUUCUACCAGCGACAGGUGUAGAACAGUCUGGGGUCUGGGUGGGGGAAGGGCCCUCUGGUCUAGGGUGGGUGUCAGGGAUGUUGAG